CUGUCAAGUAGGCCGUGGAAAUCCAGUAAUGCCUUGUCACCCAAAUGAUUGGAGCUUCCAGUUUAGUAGGGGUUUUAUAUGGGAAUUUCCAACCAACACAUUUCCACGCAUCCACCACCUUUUACACAACAUCCUUACUUAAUUCAAAAUUAAACGGAUUUCCGGAAACGGAAACGAAAACGGAAACCACAUCUACUCCUAACUCGCAUAAGUCCUAACUCCUAAAACGCCUAACUCAUAUAACUAACUCUCAUAAGACACGGAUACAGACAAAGUAUGAUCACCAAUUUGAAUCUUCUGCGGAAUCAUGGUCGUCGCUUGUGGGCUUUUCGGAUGGAACGAAGGGGAUUUAACUUUUUCCAGCAACAGCGCCUGCACCACCCAGUCUCAACACCUGCCCCUACUCCAACGGUGGAGCGACGGAAGAACGAUCCCAAGUGCCGGUUUAUGCAGUAUCGCCGCUCCAACGAAACCUUCAAGCGCCUGGCUAUGGUCUCCGAUGACGGCAGCAAGAUGGUCGAGCUCUCCAGUCUCACCUGCGCCUCUCCCAACAUGCAGGACUUUAUCCAGCAGCGCUACGCCAUGGACAACCUCCUGGAUAGUGUUCAGUACAUGAAGGUCGAGGAUGUCGAGGCCGUGGACUUUCAACUACUUCCGCCAAUCGAGUGUCCCAGCAAGAUCAUAGCCGUCGAUUGCAAUUAUGUGGAUAAUUGCGAUGAGCAGCACAUAUCCAUUCCCCGCGAGCCCACCUUCCACGUCAAGUUCUCCAAUGCCAUUACCGGAGCUCUGGACGCCAUCAAGGCCCCCAGUUCCAUGAAACGAAUAGAUUACGGAUGCCACCUGGCAGUGAUCAUGGGCAAAAAGUGUCGGGAGGUAACCCCCAAGGAGGCACUCAACCAUGUCUUCGGAUUUAUGGUGGCCCAGGAUAUCGUGGCCAAGGAGAGGAACGUCGUUCUGGGCGGGCACUCGAUGGACACCUUCUUCCCGGUUGGACCCAUUAUCUUGCAUCGCUGCCACAUGCCCGACGUCAACAACCUCUGGAUCCGGACCCUAGUCAACGGAGAUAUCCGGCAGUCUGGGAACACGCGGGAUAUGAUCUUCAAGGUCGACUUUCUGAUUCAUCGCCUGUCUCACUAUCUCACUUUGUAUCCUGGCGAUGUCAUUCUCACAGGAACGCCAGCUGGAGCUGGAGCCUAUCAGAGACCAACGCGCUUCCUUAAGCCCGGCGAUCUCAUCGAGAGUGAGAUUCAAAAUUUAGGAAAAAUGUGCAAUAAAGUCAUCAACCCGUAUGCCUAAAAACGAGAUGAUGACCAAAAAAAAAAUUGACAAAUUUUACAAAUUAACUUUCAAAUUUGAAAAGAGAUUCAUGUCAAACGUAUAAAUUGUUUUGAAACAUGCCAGUGUGGUAUGUGUAACAUAUUGUAUCAGACGUUGGUAAUCAUGUAUGAACGAACGAACUGUAGGUAAUAUUAUAAAAAAAAUAGCGCACUACUAUAAUAUAAUUAAAUGGAAUAUUACGCCCACAUAUAAAAUUUAAAUAAAUGUAUAAAGUUUAAGAUA